AUGGGUGGAAAAAAAACGGAACGGAGCCAUCGCCAAACCAACAACCGUUCGGGUGAGCUUGACGAGAACGACGUCGCACCCGCCAUUUUCUCCAUCCUUGAAGCAAUAGCUUCUUCACUUCAGAUCUCUUCUUCUUCUUCUUCCACUUAUCGUCUUCUCUCUUCGUACCUUCUGUGCGUCUCUCUCUGCAUGUUCUGCUGUCUUCCUAGGGUUUCGGAUCCUAAGAGAUCUCUUCGUGGAUCCACCGAAAUGGCGGAUUCUGAGCCAAUUACGCCUGGCCAGGUUUCGUUUCUGCUCGGAGUCAUCCCUGUCUUCAUAGCAUGGAUAUACUCAGAGUUUCUAGAGUAUAAGAGGUCUUCUUUGCACUCUAAAGUUCAUUCAGAUAAUAAUUUGGUUGAACUGGGUGAGGUGAAGAACAAGGAAGAGGAAGUAGCAGUUUUACUGGAAGGAGGUCUUCCAAGAUCGAUCUCUUCAAAAUUCUAUAACUCGCCUGUCAAGACGAAUUUGAUUAGGUUUCUGACGCUGGAUGACUCUUUCUUGAUUGAUAAUCGAGCAACCUUGAGAGCAAUGGCUGAGUUUGGGGCGAUUCUUUUCUACUUUUAUAUUUGCGAUCGAACAAGCUUGAUUGCAGAGUCUAAAAAGAAUUACAACCGAGACCUUUUCCUCUUUCUCUACUGUCUUCUCAUCAUAGUGUCAGCCAUGACGUCCCUGAAGAAACACAAUGACAAAUCACCAGUAACAGGGAAGUCUAUCCUCUAUCUUAAUCGUCACCAGACUGAAGAGUGGAAGGGAUGGAUGCAGGUUCUAUUUCUGAUGUACCAUUACUUUGCUGCGGCUGAGAUAUAUAAUGCAAUUAGGGUCUUCAUCGCUGCCUACGUCUGGAUGACUGGUUUUGGGAACUUCUCUUAUUACUACAUCAGAAAGGAUUUCUCUCUAGCACGAUUCACUCAGAUGAUGUGGCGUCUUAACUUAUUUGUGGCGUUUAGCUGCAUUAUUCUCAACAACGAUUAUAUGUUAUACUACAUCUGUCCAAUGCACACCUUGUUCACUCUAAUGGUGUAUGGAGCCCUUGGUAUCUUCAGUCGGUAUAACGAAAUACCAUCAGUAAUGGCUGUGAAGAUUGCUUCAUGCUUUCUUGUGGUUAUUGUGAUGUGGGAGAUUCCUGGAGUUUUUGAGAUAUUUUGGAGCCCUCUAACAUUUUUACUGGGAUACACUGAUCCAGCUAAACCAGAUCUACCGCUUCUACACGAAUGGCACUUCAGAUCAGGACUUGACCGCUACAUAUGGAUUAUUGGAAUGAUAUAUGCCUAUUUCCAUCCCACUGUAACUCUUGAACCUAUGGUGGAGAGAUGGAUGGAGAAACUAGAGGAGUGUGAUGCCAAGAGAAAAAAUUCAAUCAAGACAAGCAUAAUUGCAAUUUCCUCAUUCGUUGGUUACCUAUGGUAUGAAUACAUCUACAAGCUUGACAAGUGUCUACAUCUGUCUGCGAAAUUCCACACAACAGCUGCGAAAUUUCUCCCUGACACUAUUUGCUCCAUAUCAACCAAGCUUAGAAGUUUUAUUCUGAACACAUCUCUAAUAAGACACAACUGUCAUGAUCUUCCUAGGUGGCUCGGCAAGAUUACUCUGGAGACAUCGGAUGUGCCUAAUGGACAGCCUAAGUGGCUAUUAUCCUUCAUUCCAGAAUACCCAAUGCUCAACUUCAUGCUCACCACGGCCAUCUAUGUCUUGGUGUCUCAUCGGCUUUUCGAGCUUACCAAUACGUUAAAGUCUGUUUUCAUACCCACAAAAGACGACAAGAGGCUGCUCCACAAUGUCCUCGCUGGAGCUGCCAUCUCCUUCUGUUUAUAUUUAACCGCUCUCAUUCUUCUCCAGAUCCCACACUAA